UUCACGAAUGAAUGAGAAAAAAGGUCAGGUUAUGUGAUAUGAACGGCAAAAUUUUCUCUAGGACGUAAUUAUAUUUCAGGUUUCAGUGUCAUUUAUAAACGCUGUUGUGUUAAAGAAACUAAACAUAUCUCACUCACUCGGGAAUAAUGUAACUAGCUGUUAGCUAGCUUGUUUGAUUUCCCCGUUGCCUUUUGGCUUCUAAUUAUUAGCUAGCUAACCUAGCUAGCAUUUAACUCAUUAAUUGUUGCACUAACUUAGAUUAGCUAGCUAAUGUACAUUUGUUUUGCAUUCUGCUAAUUUGGGGCACAUUCAGAUUCGCAAUGUUACACAACUUGUGCAAAUAUCGGCAUUUUAGUCGGGCUUUUUUAAGCCUUGCUGGCCGUCAGAUAGAGACUUCUGGCUCAUCAACACACGUGCAAAGAGCAAAAUACGGCAGCGCUGCACAAGAGCGUAAGAAAUUUUAUGAGGAUGUGACUAUCUCUCAAGGUGAAGACGGCCGUUUUGAAAUUAACCUUGAUAAGCGAAAGCUGAGGACCCCUGGGGGCAAACUCUUCACUCUGCCAAACGAGGCCCUUGCCAUCGCUGUUGCUACAGAAUGGGAUGCUCAGAAGGACACACUUAAGUUCUACACUAUGCAUCUGACCACUCUGUGUUACACUGCCCUUGAUAAUCCAACGCAGCGUAGCAAGGACCAGAUGAUCUCUGCUGCCCUAAAGUAUCUAGACACAGACACCAUUUGCUACAGAGUAGAAGAACCUCCAGGACUUGUAGAACUUCAGAAAAAUGAAUGGGACCCUGUCAUGGACUGGAUUGAAAAAAGGUACAAUGUUGUCAUCGGCUCAUCCUCUAGUAUAAUGGGCCCCAAAAUCCCAGAGGAGACUAAGGAAACAUUUUACCAACACCUAAAUUCUUAUAACUUCUGGUCUUUGACAGGACUGGAGUACGUGAUCACCCAGCUAAAGUCAUUGGUCCUCUCCUUUGGCUUGAUUGACAGACAUCUGACUGUGGAGCAUGCAGUUCUUCUCUCCCAACUGGAGGAGGAAUACCAGAUCCAGCGCUGGGGAAACGUUGAAUGGGCUCAUGACUAUGACAUGUACGAGAUGCGGUCCCGAACAGCAGCAGGUGCCCUGUUUGUGCAUCUGUCCUCUGAGAGUUCCAUGGUGAAGAAGAAACUCAUGCAGGACUAAACGCACCAGUGGCCAUCUGCUAAAGUCAAAUGCAGAAUAAUAAAAGCAGACAAGGAAAAACAUGACCUGGACACCUGCAUUUAAAGUCUGUUUGCGGUAAUACAGACAUAUGAAAUCACUCAUUUUGGAGCCUACAUUUAGAAUAUUUCUGGAACUGCUUAAGUGGUCUAUAACUUAAGUCACGACAUUAUCUCUGAUUAUGAUGUGAGUAAUCUGCUUACACAAACACAUCUGACCUAGAAAAUGUUAGCCAAUGCACUUCCUCUUUUCUGUUUUAGCUGCAAUUCAUUUCAAUGUUGUCAUUGUGAAUUCUGUUAUCCCAUUUUUGUGUAACAUUAAAUAUACAAUGCCCGUGG